AUGUUCAUCUUGUGUUGGACAGGAAACUUCAGCUUCGCACAUGCAGUCGCUGAAAAGCUUCAUGGAGCAUGCACGAUUCUUGCCACGUCGUUCGACGAUGAAGCAACCGUUGCCGAGAAGUACCCCGACGCUGCAGAACACAUCCAGGCGAUCGUUGAGCUGGGCGGUAAAGUAAUGCACGGCGUGGACGCAACGGAAUUAGAUACCUGGAAGCAUGCGAAAAAAUUAUCGUUUGCCAAAAUCGUUUUCAACUUCCCCCAUGUCGGCGCCGGAAUCAAAGACAAACACCGUAACAUCCUUGCAAAUCAAACCCUCCUCUUCAACUUCUUCCAUUCCGCUCUUCCCAAACUCGCACCAUCAGGAGAAAUCCUUGUCACCUUGAAGUGCGGCGAUCCAUAUGAUCUCUGGGACGUCAAAGCGCAAGCCAGAAAGACCGGGCAGCUGAACAGUUCGCGGUCAUUUGCAUUCGAUGCGGACCUUUACCCGGAAUACUCGCAUAGGAGGACAUUGGGAUUCGUGGAGGGCGUCUCGGUUGGAUCGAACGAGGAGAUUCUAAAAGCAGGCGUUCCAAGAAUGUAUGGUGUGGCGGGCAAGGGAAAAGCUAAAAGGAUUAAAGGUAAAGAUGGGAAGGGUAAGAGAAAGCGCACAGAGAAGGAUAGUGAUAGCGAUGAGUAA